UUUGUCAAAGCAGUUGCCACAAUUUAAACGGAGGUUUUUAUAAACAAAUAAUACAAAUAAAUGAUAUUUCGAAAUAUUAUUUGCUAAAAACUAAACGAAAUUUUAGUUUAAGACAUCUUUCAAAUUUUAUUAAAAAGCCCUUUGGACCAUUCAUUGAAACAUGGAUAACAAAUUAACACAGCUUUCAGUGGCCCUAUCAAAGAAAACUGACAACAUUCAUUUUUUAAAACCCAUCUUCAACCAAAGCCAUUUUAACGCUUAUGGACCUUUGGACUCAAAAUAUGAAGCUAUUGGCGACAGAGUCUUUCAAUCGAGCGCCUUGAAGAUAUUUGCUGCGGUGUUAUUGUACAUCUGGCGACAGAGAGGAAAGGAAUUAAAUGAAUUGAAGGAAUCUGUAAUCAUCCUCCGAGAAAAGUUAUGCCAAAGUAAAUAUCAACUCGAAUAUUGCCACUCUCAAUUACGAGCCGAAGAGAACAAAAAUCAUGAACUCAAAUGUCAGCUGAACAACAUCCUUAAUAUGUUGCACGAAACUCAAAUGUCCUGCAAAGGAUUGUCAGACACGAUAUUCAGCUUGAAGACUGAUAAGAGGCUAUUGGAACAGGAGCUUAAAAUGAAAUACGAGGACUAUAACGCCCUGCAUACGAUAUUAAUUGAUACCAGAAAAGAUUUACUUCAGAGCAUUCUGGAACAGCACAGCCACCUUUUAGCGAUCUCUCAAAAACAGCGAUCCUUUGAAAUAUUGGAAAACCAUGCCAACCAACUCCGACAACAAAUGGCCGAUUUGUCUCGCAAACAUGCUGAAACAAAACUUCAAUUAACGGAUAUGAUCCACAUGGCGAAUACAAGUGGCGCCGAAUCUAAACGAAAACAUCUUGGUAAUUCGCAAGUAUGUCAAACAACGGAUAGCAUUUACGAUCGCAGAACAUUUUGGCAGAAACAUAUUAACAUCGGCAGAUCAUGGCAGAAACAUCUAUCAGCACUUUGGACUCAAUGGGGGAAAUUCCAAUAUGUUGCCGUUCAAUAUGCCCACAUAUUUGCUUUCUAUUUACUACCAGCCAUUCCCCCUCCACCUGGCAAAUGUCUGGGAAUAUAACAUAAUUCAAGAAAUAACUGCAUGCAAAUAGUUUAAGAAAAUCAGGCCUGUUUACACAUCAUGAUAGAGUUAUCUGUAAAAUGGGAUUUUUUCACAUUUAUUUUUAGCAUUUUUAUAGCAUGCUUUAAGGUGUAUCCCAUACUUUUUAAACCAAUAACGUUUCGUAAUAUUAUACAAUUAAUAUAUUUAUAGUAAACACAAAAUAUUUUAGACCAAAGGAAACGCUUUAUAAAUUAAUAUCUUUAAAGUUUAAAUAUUAUGUUUAAAAGUUGAUGGAAACGCGUAAAAGUAUACUGUAAAGAUGCUAUAUAAAAUGUGAAAAUGUCACUUUAAGUCUAACUCGAACAUAAUGUGUAAACUAGCCUGUAACAUUACGAAAUUAUCAGAAAACGGAGAAUAAAAUAAAUUAAUCUUUUUACUA